UGAGUGUCUUUUGCAGUCAGGGUUCAUUUUGGUCCUGGUUGCUACUGGAAAUAAAGAAACAAAAGGAGGCUGUGUUGUUCAGGAAGUACAGACUGUAGCUCAGCAGGUAGAAUUACUAACUGGAAGGUUGGAGGUUUGAUCCCUGGCUGCUCCAGUCUGCACGCCACAGUAUCCUUGGGCAACAUAUGGAACCCCGACUUCCUCUCCGAUGCAUCCAUCAUAGUGUCAUUGUUAGAAAAAGAAGUGCUUGUGUGGAUGAAGCACGCUGUAUAAAAUGCUUUGACUGCUCAUAUAGAAAAGCAGCUUAUAAGAACUGGUUCAUUUUCCAGAUAAUUCCACUAUUAAGACAACAGACAUGUGGGAGGCUUUCUCCUGAGAGUCACACUGAAAGUCUUGCUGCUCCUCCACAAAAUGACACAGCUCAGCUAAACACAACUCAAACUAAUCUACACUAUUUUCCUUUAUUACGCAGCAUUUUUAUAACUAUUUCCAGAUGUUUCUAAAGAUGAAAACAGAAUUAAACUCCAGCCUGAUCCGUUUCUGAGGUUCCUGACUCUGAACGUCCCUCAAACGCCUCUCUGAUCGUUUCCUUCCGUCGCUUUUACUUUCGCUUUCGUGAAUGUUGUGGCGCAGUUGAUCGUCUCCAUGUUAAGCAGCAUGGAUCAGUGUGAGGACAGAGAGGAGGGAGUCCCUCCCUCUAAAAGCACUCUGUGUGGGGAACAUGAGAGCCAGACCAAAGCUCAGAGCCCAGAGCUGUGGGGCGUACCAGGCUCAGCUGGACAUAACCCUAAAACUAAUCCAGAACCUGGACCUGAACCCAGCUGUGUUUCCUUAAAGAGCAACAUGUCGAAGGGUAUUGUUGAAAACUUUAACAAAAGACUGUUAUGUGACAAAGAGAUCAAUAAGAGGCCAGAAUCUCCUGGACCUGAACCCAGCUGUGUUUCCUUAAAGAGCAACGUGUCGAAGGGUGUUGGUGAUGACUUUAAAGGCUGUUCUUCUGCUGCUGAGAGAGUGGAGCAGGAGAGAGCAGAGGUUUCCACUGGUCAGUCUGCACAGCAACAUCAAACACACCUGGACUCUGUGGUUAUGCGGCUGGAGGACAACAUCACCAUGUUUGUGAAGAACGAGCUGAAGAAGAUCCAGAAGGUUCUGAGUCCAGAUCACCCAGAAACUUUAAAGAGCCAGAUGGAGGAUGAGGAGAUGUUUGAAGGUGAGGAUGAAGAUGAAAGAAAGAGCUGCAGAGAAGCAUUUCUGAAGAUCACACUCCACUUCUUGAGGAGACUUAAGCAGCAUGAGAUGGCUGACCAUCUGCAGAGCAAAAUAUUUGCUCCACUCUGUAAACGUGAACUUAAAGCCCAACUGAAGAAGAAGUUCCAGUGUGUGUUUGAGGGCAUCGCUAAAGCAGGAAGCCCAACCCUUCUGAAUCAGAUCUACACAGAGCUCUACAUCACAGAGGGAGGGACUGCAGAGGUCAAUGAUGAACAUGAGGUCAGACAGAUUGAAACAGCAUCCAGGAAACCAGACAGACCAGAAACAACCAUCAGACAAGAAGACAUCUUUAAAGCCUCGCCUGGAAGAGACGAACCAAUCAGAACAGUGCUGACAAAGGGAGUGGCUGGCAUUGGGAAAACAGUCUUAACACAGAAAUACAGCCUGGACUGGGCUGAAGACAAAACCAACCAGGACAUCCAGUUCAUAUUUCCAUUCACUUUCAGAGAGCUGAAUGUGCUGAAAGAGGAAAAGUUCAGCUUGGUGGGACUUGUUCAUCACUUCUUUAAUCAAACUAACCAAUCAGGAAUCUGCAGGCUUGAAGACUUCCAGGUUGUGUUCAUACUUGAUGGUCUGGAUGAGUGUCGACUUAAUUUGGACUUCAACAAAACUAAAAUCCUGACUGAAACCACAAAGUCCACCUCAUUGGAUGAGCUGCUGACAAACCUCAUCAGAGGGAACCUGCUCCCUUCUGCUCGCCUCUGGAUAACAACACGACCUGCAGCAGCCAAUCAGAUCCCUCCUCAGUGUGUCGACAUGGUGACAGAGGUCAGAGGGUUCACUGACCCACAGAAGGAGGAGUACUUCAGGAAGAGAUUCAGAGAUGAGGAGCAGGCCAGCAGGAUCAUCUCCCACAUCAAGAAAGCUCGAAGCCUCCACAUCAUGUGUCACAUCCCAGUCUUCUGCUGGAUCACUGCUACAGUUCUGGAGGAUGUGCUGGAAACCAGCGAGGGAGGACAGCUGCCCAACACCCUGACUGGGAUGUACAUCCACUUCCUGGUGGUUCAGGCCAAAGUGAAGAAGGUCAAGUAUGAUGGAGGAGCUGAGACAGAUCCACACUGGAGUCCAGAGAGCAGGAAGAUGAUUGAGUCACUGGGAAAACUGGCUUUUGAUCAGCUGCAGAAAGGAAACCUGAUCUUUUAUGAAUCAGACCUGACAGAGUGUGGCAUCGAUAUCAGAGCAGCCUCAGUGUACUCAGGAGUGUUCACACAGGUCUUUAAAGAGGAGAAACAACUGUACCAGGACAAGGUGUUCUGCUUUGUUCAUCUCAGUGUUCAGGAGUUUCUGGCUGCGCUUCAUGUCCAUCUGACCUUCAUCAACUCUGGACUCAAUCAGCUGGAAGAACAACAAACAACCUCCAGGACAGAGAAAUACUUCUAUCAGUGUGCUGUGAACAAGGCCUUACAGAGCCCCAAUGGACACCUGGACUUGUUCCUUCGUUUUCUCUUGGGUCUGAAGACUAAUCAAACUCGUUUGCAAGGCCUGAUGACACAGACAGGAAGUAGCUCACACACCAAUCAAGAAGCAGUUCAGUACAUCAAGGAGAAGCUCAGUGAGAAUCUGUCUCCAGAGAAAAGCAUCAAUCUGUUCCACUGUCUGAAUGAACUGAAUGAUCGUUCUCUACUGGAGGAGAUCCAACAGUCCCUGAGAUCAGGACGUCUCUCCACAGAUAAACUGUCUCCUGCUCAGUGGUCAGCUCUGGUCUUCAUCUUACUGUCAUCAGAAAAAGAUCUGGAUGUGUUUGACCUGAAGAAAUACUUUGCUUCAGAGGAGGCUCUUCUGAGGCUGCUGCCAGUGGUCAAAGCCUCUAAAAAAGCUCUGCUGAAUAGCUGUAGCCUGUCAGAGAGAGCAUGUGAAGUUCUGUCCUCCUCUCUUCAACCAGAAGACUGUGAGCUCAGAGCUCUAGACCUGAGUAACAACAACCUCCAGGACUCAGGUUUGACAAUACUGUUUUCUGGACUGAAGACUGGAAACUGGAAACUGGAAACACUCAGAUUGAGUGUCUGUAAUCUCUCAGAGAGAAGCUGUGAAACUCUGUCUUCACUACUCAGCUCGCAGCCCUCUAGUUUGAGACAGCUUGACCUGAGUAACAAUGACCUGAAGGACUCUGGAGUGAAAGUUUUGUCUUCUGGACUGAAAAGUCCAUACUGUGAACUGGAAACACUCAGGCUGUCAGGCUGCCUGAUCACAGAGGAAGGUUGCAAGUCUCUGGUCUCAGCUUUUAGCUCCAGUUGUUCCCAUCUGAAAGAGCUGGACCUGAGCUACAAUAACCCAGGAGAGGCAGGAGUGAAGAUGCUUGAGCAGCUAAGACUGGACACUCUGAGGGUGGAGCCUGCUGGAGUCCGAUGGUUGAGACCAGGUCUGAGGAAGUAUUCCUGUCAACUCACAAUCGACACAAACACAGUGAACACAAAGCUCCAACUGUCUGACAACAACAGGAAGGUGACAUGUGUGGAGGUGGUUCAGUCAUAUCCUGAUCAUCCAGACAGAUUUGAUGUUUGUGAACAGCUGCUGUGUAGAGAUGGUCUGACUGGUCGCUGUUACUGGGAGGUCGAGUGGACGAUGAGGGCUUGGAUAUCAGUGAGUUACAGAGGAAUCAAAAGGAAAGGAAGGAGUGAUGAGUGUGUGUUUGGUAGAAAUGAUCAGUCCUGGAGGCUUUUCUGCUCUGACCAUGGUUCCUCUGUGUGGCACAAUAACAGAGAAACACCCUUCUCCUCCUCCUCCUCCUCCUCUGUCUCUAACAGAGUAGCAGUGUAUGUGGACUGUCCUGCUGGCACUCUGUCCUUCUACAGAGUCUCCUCUGACACUCUGAUCCACCUCCACACCUUCCACACCACAUUCACUGAAACUCUUUAUCCUGGAUUUGCGUUCUGGGCUCCAUCGAAUGGUUUUUACAGUGGUCUGUAUCUGCAGUCUGCAAAGACUGCAAAAAGAAUUUUUCAUGGCCCUGAGUCAGUGACUCUGUGUAGUUAGUCUUACCUGUUAGAGAAACAGGUCAGUCUGUACAUGUCUGUGUCUUUCACUCUGAAACACAUGAUGAGAUUCAUGGAUUCAGUCAGUUGAUGUUUUAAACUAAAUGAUUCACAAAUUCAACACAAGUUUGGUGAGCAGCAGGGCUCAUCCUGAUUUUUGUUUUUGUGCAUUAUAAUGAUGAAAUAACUUUGUCAUGUCUGUGGUGGCCUUUGGAGAAUUAAACCAUCCUUUAGAAACUAGAUAUAAAUGUCAUAUUUUCCAACAUUGAUAUUUUUCUGUUUCAGACAACAAUGAAAAGAUAAAGAACAGUCUGUAAAUCACAAGUUAUCAAUUCAAAUGAUUAUUAAAGCCACAAGAGAAGCUUCCUGUUAUUUGUACCACUCACCUGGUCAUGUGAUCCAGCUGUGCAGCCAAUCAUAACUGACAUCACUUUCUACUUUGAUAUUUCCAUGGUGAAUGGACUGAUUCUUGUUUAACACGUUCAUACUCUGAUGGAUGCAUCGGAGAGGGUUAGUGUCUUGCUCAAGGAUACUUUGCGUGCCAGCUGGAGCAGUCAGGGAUUGAACCACCAACCUUCUGAUCAUUAGAUGCCUUGCUCUAUCUCCUGAGCUACAGCAUCAUCAAAGCUCUUUCUUAAAUCCUCUCUGAGAGGAGCUCAAACACGAGGAAGAGACGAAAGUGAGGGAAGAGAGUGGACUCAUUAGUAAAAUGAAAAACAGCCAGCGUUGAUGUUUAAGACAAGUGAGGUAACAGAAAUACUAUAUAUGGCAGUGGUCACCAUGGCAACAUCAAUGUCGGUUGCUACGUAUUGUAUUGAUCCUGAUCUGUGAGCCUCAUAUCAGGAUAUGCUGUUGUUUGUAUUUGUUUUCAUUGUUACCAUUUUUGAGUCUUUUUUUAACAAACUACUUUUAUCUUGCCAUCGUUUGUCAAAGAGUCAAACUAAAUUUGGUUCAUCUUUCUACAAUAAAAACAUAUCUUCAUCUUAAUUAUUGUAUGUGCAGAGUUGUAGUUACUCACAGUGACCACUGGAGGCAUGUGAUCCUGAUAGUUUCCCUGGAAGCGUCCAGUUCAUCCACAUUAAUGAAGCUGUUGGUGAUUAACGCUCAUCUGUACAACUUUAACAACAAUAUUAAACAUUUAAUGGCUCUACAAACUAGGGAUGCAACGAUACCAAUUUUUUCAAACUGAUCCGAUACCGAUACUUGGAUCUGAGUACUUGCCGAUACAGAGUACAAAAACCGAUACUUCUACCACACACAAGUUAAACUUAACCAGUAGUAAAGAAACGACCCCAGACAACUCUUUAACACAAACGAAACGUUUACUGAAUGUAAGGGCAGAGACAAAUAAUAUUCCAAUUCCUUAACCAAAUGAAAUACACUGUAUAAAUGAAAUAAUUCCCUUUCAAAUUAUAUUAAACAACCCAACUUAUGUUAUCACCUUUUGGUAAGUGACUCACUAAUAUACACUCCAAAACACGUUAUAUAAAUCCACUAAACAUACAAUAUUCACACAUGGGCCCCACACACACUCACAUUCACACUUGUUGCAGGCCUGUUUGCUGCUCACGCCGGACGAUGGAGAAAAAUCCUCUUCUCCCCAGUAAGAGCACAAAAGUCUGACUUACAGUUCCGUUGCUCGGUAGGUCGCCAUUCACCAGUCCCACACUAAAUCCACUCCCUGCGGACCCGAUGCUGUCUCUGCUACAGCGCGUUAGCCAGUCACUGUCCAGCUCUCCGACAGUCCUGCCUCCGUGGGGCAGCCAAGCAGUCCGGGCUAGCCUUUAGCCUCGGCGGUCAUGGCUGGAAACACAGUUUUCCACGGUGGUGCGACCGUUGAAACAAAAAGUCACUUCACCCACACUCUGUUGCGAAGCUCUCACACGGUUAGCUUUCUAGUCACACACUCUUUUGUGCUAGUUGACCUCAGUAAAACUAGCCGAGUCUCUCACUUUGGUUCAGCUAACCUCGUGCAUCUCUCCAUGCUGUUCUCUUCUGUGAACUGUGAACACCUUAUGUGGCGUUCAAGUCCAUGGGAAUUAUGAGUAUCUACUCCCAAAUUCCCAUCCGGGCUACAUUAGUAUCGGUUCAUGGUAUCGGUUGACUUUUAUGAGUACGAGUACGCACACAUUUUACAGUAUCGGCCCCGAUACCCGAUACCAGUAUCGGGAUCGGUGCAUCCCUACUACAAACAGUUUGUCUGAUGUAUAAACUGUGUCUUAAAGCAGCGGUCCCCAACCCCCGGGCCUCGGACCGGUACCGGUCCGUGAGUCGUUUGGUACCGGGCCGCGAGAGUUGAGGCUCAGGUGUGAAAUGUAUGGUUUUCAGGUUUUUUUUCGGUUUUCAGCAUUAUUUUGUUAUCGUUUUCAUCGUUAACUCGGUUUUCCUGGGUCUUUUCACGUGUGUUAUGAAUAAAUCUUCCUUUUUUCGGUACCGGUACUAGUUUUAUUUUGUUCUAUUUAUCCGCGACACCUUAAAGGCCGGUCCGUGAAAAUAUUGUCGGGCAUGUAACAGUAACAAUGGUGUGGUGUCUCUUUAAGACAACCCAAGUCGAGGGUUAAUGUUGUCAUCCGUAUGCGCCACUGCCCUCUCUGUGAUUGUGUGGACAUGUGCUUCCACGCUAGUGCAUGAGGAGGGACGGAUUUUUAUGUUUUACCUCUCCAGACACCUUUGUUUGCAACGUUAUGGGUUGUACGAACACUCUGCGCUAUGUUUGUUAAGCUGCACCCGUUCAACCGGGCUUAUAUGGUUGAAGAAGAGAAGGUAUAUUAGGGAACACGCUGUGGAAUUCCCAAUGCCAGCGUGAGUGUGUAUUCUUUUGACUAGCCUGCUAAGUGUUUUGCCGCCUCCUCUCAACCACUAAACACAACUCGACGUUACAGGCAUAAACCGAUCUGUGAGGCAAAAAAGGUUGGGGACCACUGAUUUAGAUGCAAUUUAGCAUAGUUAUAUAUACAAUCGGUCAUCAACUUUAAAGAGUUGGAUGCAUCAAGACCGAUCUUGGUCAAGACAACUUUUACGCGGUCUUGGUCUUGUCUUGGUCUCGCUGUCUCGGUCUUGCUGUCUCAGAUCGACAUAGUGGUCGAGAGAUUUGGAGUCAACAGUAUCCAUGACAUAACGUAACGUUCGAUAAUAUGUCAUGCGCAAAAGCAUCAGCUCUAAGAGCCGUGCUCACAGAGCGCUUUGUAGUGAAUCAGAAGAGUCGACUCCCAUUGAGCGAGAGCCGGCUCCUCACUUAAUUUCCUUUCGCUGCUCAGCUCUCACACAGUGGCUCAGCUAUGCUCCAAUCCCUCCAUAUUGUGGCCAAUCACAUGCGAGGAUAUAGGAUAAUAUCAUUAUGUGAAAAACAGAGAGGGUGAGAGACGCGACAGUCAAGUGGAGCGUACGUCUGUCCUCUCAGUAAGUGAGUGAGACAGUAGACAGCGGUGAGGAGGGCUGUGCGAGUGCAUCGCAAAAACACAUAAAUAUGCCUGACACCCAUAAACGAAGCAGCAUCUGGCUACAGUUUAAGGGCUUUUUUGUCUCGGUCUUGGUCUCGUCUCAACUUUGUCUUGGUCUUGACUCGGUCUGUCUUGGUCUUGGUCUUGUCUUAUCUUGGUCUCGAUACCCUCUGGUCUUGGUCUGGUCUUGGUCUUGGUUUAGGCGGUCUUGACUAAAAGUCUACAACUUUAUUACUUUCAUAUUCUUCCAAAAGCAGUUUUCGAAACAUCUUUGUGAACUGACUAAUGCUUGAACAUUGCUGUAGGUCCACAGGAAAACUGUUCCACAGUUUUACCUCACAAAUGGUAAAACAAAAGGUUUUAACCCUUGUCCGUGCUUUAAGAGUCUUCAGAUUUAAUUUUCCUCUAUACUUUUCCUCGUAACAUAUAUUAUCUGGCUUUGUACAUAAUUUUUUGCAGUUUUAUAUUUUAUAAGAUCCAUAAACUUCAGAAUUAAUUUCAAGAACAAGUUCAAGAAAAGUUAGGAAGCAAAGAAAGACUGUCAUCGUCUCCAUUGUAAGUGGGCGGGGCAGGAUGCUACAGUUUGUACAAGAAGCAUCAGCUCUGAUUUAUUUUAACUUUAGGGCUUGAUGAAGGAAGCUCAAGAGAAAAUCUUCACAUGAUACAGUUACAUACAAAUUACAUACAAAUGUAUAAUGUUUAAAAAUAUAAUCGAACAUUAAUGGAUUAUUGGUCAAUAUCAGUAAAGCAAAAGACAUUCUCUGAUUACUACAACAUUGUACCAAAUUAAUUUAAUAAAGUUACAUAUGAAUAACUUAAUAGGGAUAUAAGUCAAAUUUACUUCUACAGUCAGACUGGGUUGCAGUUCUCUUAAUGAGCACUGAUGUGACUCAUAUGCAUUUGUUGUUUCCUGCAUGAUCAAAUUUUACUGAUAACAUGCAAUAGACAUGAAACUGACUGACCCGCCUUCCUUCUGGCUGCUUUUGCUUUUUCUGAUUUCCUAAGUUGUUCUAAGAAUCUUCUCUGAAUUUUUUUAAAUGUACAAAAACAGGAUGCGUCAGUUUAAACUGUGAUAUGCUUGUAAUGACUUACAUAGUGACUGUAGUUUUAAAUGUUUCAUAGAAGUACCUUCAGCAACAGUUAAUUCAGCAGUGACUUUGUUCUUACUUUUGUCAGUGAAUUUGUGACAUAAACCAGGGACAGCAGAAAGAUGAGGAUUAAAACGUUGGUGUUUCUGACACCAGCCAGUCCUCUGAUCCUGAACGCUGCUGCUGCCAUCACUGUUGAAAUAAAAACAGCCUUUGAGCUUGAGAGAAAAUGAAAGAAAAUAAAA